GUCCGAUUCUUGUUUUUUUAUAGGGGUCAAAGUGUUUAUGUAACUUUGAUCUGCCAAUAAUUAGUUCUUAAUAAUAGAAGUUUAACUCGACACCUACAGCAAAUGGGAGGAGAUGCUUCACACUAUUAUCAAGUACUGUAUGAUUUUACAGCGGAAGAAAAAGUAGAGCUUUCUGUUGAGAGGGGCGAGCGUCUUCGCUUGAUUGAUUCCACUAUUCAGGAUGGUUGGGUAAGGGCUGAAGUCUUUAGCGAGCCCGACAGGCAGGGAUUUGUCCCAGUUUCGUAUCUAAAACUAGAAAGCCCUCAAAACUUUACUGAGGAAGACAGUGACACAACCGAAUUGAAAUUUUCCUCAAUGGAAACUCAUUUACUCAAAGGAAACGCUUUAGAUGUCAGUUCGAUUCCCAAGCGUAGGGAUCUUGGCAAUCACUCUCAGCUCAGCUCACCGGCUCAAGACAGGUCUCGUAUCUCGGGCAUCUCAAAGUUUGAAUCUCUUGACGCGCGCCCUUCGGACGAAAGUGUAGGCGUACAUAUAAGACAAAGAGGAGGGGAUCCAAUAACUACUGGAAUAGUAGGACAUGUAGAUUUCUCUCGAAAAGUUAUGGGGGUACAUAACAUUAAUGAAAAAGAGUUAGACAACGAGCAACACAUUAGAAAGGUUUUCAUGGAUGGAUUCAGAAGGGACAAAACCUAUUUUAGCCAACUUAUGAGGCGGCGCACUGAUGCACUAGUAGAUUUACGGACUCGCCUAGAGGACACUGUAGAAAAUGUUAGAGUUUGUAAGGAGAUGAAUGUCUUACUUUCGAAACGAUUAUGUGAAAUGGAUCAGAUCACGGAAAAGGAGCAUCUCCAACGAGUGGAGUGUGUGGAGGAAGUGAAGCUGUGCGCAAGGCGCCUUCUGUUAUCUCCUUUUGGUAGAACGCCAGAAAAAAAGGACGUGAAUACAGAUAACAUGCUCCGCGAGCAUUCCUGAUUCUAUGUGUUUUCAAUUGUGGUUUUACUCUAUUAGAUGACUUUUAGUCACAUCAUGCUUUAAUCAUAAGGAACAGGAUUUCAAAAAAAAAAUGAGAAUAAUUAUUACGUUAGUUCAAGUACUUACAAAUACAUCCCCGUUCCUGAGUUUUUCAAGUACUAAUCUAUUUUAUCCUUCUUUUUAAUUCCAUGACAUGGCUAUCUUUUCAUCACUAACCUAACACAAAACACGUACAGACUGAUUGCGCAUUUCCUUUUCAUUCAUUAUGCCUUAAAUAAACGAAUGUAUCGAUCG